UGGCGCUGCUAGGAGUUCCGUUGCUUCCAUAUAAGGGCUCUGCACGUCCCGACCGGCUCUUCGGCUAAGCGCUCCUCUCAACAUGGGAACUCUCACGUGGACAGUGGGGCUGUUACUCGCAUUCGCCAUAUUCACUGUGCAUCAGCACGUGGAGGCUGCUCCUGCCCCUGAUGGACACAAGGGGGUAACGCUGGGCAGCCAGAGGCAUAGCGACGACGAGAAGACGAAGAAACACGACGACGACGACGACGACGAUGACGACGACGACGAUGACGACGACGAUGACGACGACAAGACGAAGAAACAUGACGACGACGACGACGAUGAUGAUGACGAUGACGAUGACGACGACGAUGAUAGAAGGGUGACAAAACAAACAUGUAAAAAUGGAAGCAAAAACAAAGAUAAAUGUAUUACAAAAGCCUCAACUCCUGCAGAUGAGGCAAGUGCAACAGUUGAAGGAUCUGACAUUCCAGAAGAUGACAUCUCGAACGCUGAAGAAGCCUCAACUCUUGCAGAUGAGGCAAGUGCAACGGUUGAAGGAUCUGACAUUCCAGAAGAUGACAUCUCGAACGCUGAAGAAGCCUCAACUCCUGCAGAUGAGGCAAGUGCAACGGUUGAAGGAUCUGACAUUCCAGAAGAUGACAUCUCGAACGCUGAAGAAGCCUCAACUCCUGCAGAUGAGGCAAGUGCAACGGUUGAAGGAUCUGACAUUCCAGAAGAUGACAUCUCGAACGCUGAAGAAGCCUCAACUCCUGCAGAUGAGGCAAGUGCAACGGUUGAAGGAUCUGACAUUCCAGAAGAUGACAUCUCGAACGCUGAAGAAGCCUCAACUCCUGCAGAUGAGGCAAGUGCAACGGUUGAAGGAUCUGACAUUCCAGAAGAUGACAUCUCGAACGCUGAAGAAGCCUCAACUCCUGCAGAUGAGGCAAGUGCAACGGUUGAAGGAUCUGACAUUCCAGAAGAUGACAUCUCGAACGCUGAAGAAGCCUCAACUCCUGCAGAUGAGGCAAGUGCAACGGUUGAAGGAUCUGACAUUCCAGAAGAUGACAUCUCGAACGCUGAAGAAGCCUCAACUCCUGCAGAUGAGGCAAGUGCAACGGUUGAAGGAUCUGACAUUCCAGAAGAUGACAUCUCGAACGCUGAAGAAGCCUCAACUCCUGCAGAUGAGGCAAGUGCAACGGUUGAAGGAUCUGACAUUCCAGAAGAUGACAUCUCGAACGCUGAAGAAGCCUCAACUCCUGCAGAUGAGGCAAGUGCAACGGUUGAAGGAUCUGACAUUCCAGAAGAUGACAUCUCGAACGCUGAAGAAGCCUCAACUCCUGCAGAUGAGGCAAGUGCAACGGUUGAAGGAUCUGACAUUCCAGAAGAUGACAUCUCGAACGCUGAAGAAGCCUCAACUCCUGCAGAUGAGGCAAGUGCAACGGUUGAAGGAUCUGACAUUCCAGAAGAUGACAUCUCGAACGCUGAAGAAGCCUCAACUCCUGCAGAUGAGGCAAGUGCAACAGUUGAAGGAUCUGACAUUCCAGAAGAUGACAUCUCGAGCGCUGAAGAAGCCUCAACUGUGGCAGCAGAAGGUGAUCAGAUAUCAACCGACGCCACGAAGGAAGAGACACCUGACGCCAAGGACAUUGCACUGUUAUACGUGCAGUACGUACUGAAGUCUGCUGGAGAGAGUGCUGAUGGAGAGAUACUAUACGACGGACACGAGAUCCCUCUGCAGUUCUUUGUAAGCGUCUUGACGCUACAAGACACUGCCUUGAAUAGUGUAACCACUGAUAAGUUACGUACCAUUGCACAACUGUACUUAACGUAUGAUUUAAAUGGAAAGUAAAGUCUAAAGAAUUGUCCCAGUAGCAGGCUGUUAACAUUUUCUUGCAAGAAUUAAAGAUAUUGAUUUGAUGUCA